AUGCCUCUCAACCUGGCAACCACUCUCGCUGGUCGAGCUCCGGCCCUGCUCCGUCAUGGACGCAGGGUCCCGCGAGCUUUGCCCUCUCGCUCAUUCUCCUCGGUGAGCCCUUUCGCUGCCUCAUGCCGAGUCUCAAUGGCUGCUACUCGACCCGCCAACUCGAAGCGCCUGGGCACCCUCAAGGUUAUGCGCGGAUACAGCUCCGUUGCUCAAGACGCUCCUAACCCCAGGGCCUACCUCGACAGUGGAGUUAUCAAGCCUUCUCAGACCGUUGAUGUCAAGAAGGUUCUUGUCAUUGGAAGUGGUGGUCUUGCCAUUGGACAGGCUGGAGAGUUUGACUACUCAGGCGCCCAGGCCCUCAAGGCUCUCAAGGAAGCCGGUGUUGCUUCUGUGCUCAUCAACCCCAACAUCGCUACCAUCCAGACCAACCACAGUUUGGCUGAUGAGGUCUAUUACCUCCCCGUCACCCCCGAGUAUGUUUCCUACGUCAUCGAGAAGGAGAAGCCUGAUGGUAUCUUCCUGUCCUUUGGUGGUCAAACUGCUCUCAACCUUGGUGUUGAGAUGCAGCGACUCGGACUUUUCGAGAAGUACGGCGUCAAGGUCCUCGGUACCAGCGUUCGAACUCUGGAGCUAAGUGAAGAUCGUGACCUCUUCGCUAGGGCUUUGGAAGAGAUUAACAUCCCCAUCGCCAAGUCGAUCGCUGUUGGCACUGUCGAGGAGGCCCUCGAGGCCGCCGAGACCGUCGGAUACCCUAUCAUUGUUCGAGCUGCUUAUGCUCUCGGUGGUCUUGGUUCCGGUUUCGCCAACAACGAGGAGGAGCUCCGCAACAUGGCCGCUCGAUCUCUCACCCUCUCUCCUCAGAUCCUUGUCGAGAAGUCGCUCAAGGGCUGGAAGGAACUUGAGUACGAGGUCGUUCGUGACGCCAACAACAACUGUAUUACCGUGUGCAACAUGGAGAACUUUGACCCUCUUGGUAUUCACACCGGUGACUCCAUCGUUGUUGCCCCCAGUCAGACCCUGAGUGAUGAGGAGUACCACAUGCUCCGAAGUGCUGCCAUUAAGAUUGUCCGACAUCUUGGUGUCGUUGGCGAGUGUAACGUCCAGUACGCUCUCCAGCCCGAUGGUCUUGACUACCGUGUCAUUGAGGUCAACGCUCGUCUUUCUCGAUCCUCUGCUCUGGCCUCCAAGGCUACUGGAUAUCCUCUUGCUUACACUGCUGCUAAGAUCGGCCUCGGUCACACCCUGCCCGAGCUUCCCAACGCUGUUACCAAGACCACUACCGCCAACUUCGAGCCUUCUCUUGACUACAUCGUCACCAAGAUUCCUCGAUGGGAUCUCUCCAAGUUCCAGCAUGUCAAGCGCGACAUUGGCAGUGCCAUGAAGUCGGUCGGUGAGGUUAUGGCUAUUGGCCGAACCUUUGAGGAGUCUUUCCAGAAGGCUAUCCGUCAGGUCGAUCCUCGAUUCGUUGGAUUCCAGGGCGACAAGUUUGAGGAUCUUGACUUUGAGCUCCAGAACCCUACCGACCGUCGAUGGCUCGCUGUCGGCCAAGCCAUGCUCCACGAGAACUACUCCGUUGACAAGGUCCAUGAGCUGACCAAGAUCGACAAGUGGUUCCUUCACAAGCUGCAGAACAUCGUUGACUGCACUCGCGAGCUUGAGCAGGCUGGUGGCCUCCAGAGCCUGAAGAAAGAUCAGGUUCUCAAGGCCAAGAAGAUGGGUUUCUCCGACCGACAGAUUGCCAACGCCGUGAAGAGCACCGAAGACGAGGUUCGUGCCUACCGUCUCAGCUUCGGAAUCCACCCCUGGGUUAAGAAGAUUGACACCCUUGCCGCCGAAUUCCCUGCCAACACCAACUACCUCUACACCACCUACAACGGCUCUACUCACGAUGUCACCUUUGAGGACAACGGUACUAUUGUCCUUGGCAGCGGUGUUUACCGAAUUGGUAGCUCCGUCGAGUUUGAUUGGUGUGCUGUCAGCGCUACCAGGGCUCUUCGAGAGAUGGGAGAGAAGACAAUUAUGAUCAAUUUUAACCCGGAAACUGUGAGCACUGAUUACGAUGAAGCAGACAAGCUCUAUUUCGAUGAGUUAAGCUAUGAGCGUGUUAUGGACAUCUACGAACUCGAGAAGUCCAAGGGUGUUGUUGUGUCUGUGGGUGGCCAGCUUGCCCAAAACAUAGCUCUCAGACUACAGGAGACUGGAGGUGCCAAUGUUCUCGGAACGGAUCCUAGAGAUAUUGACAAGGCUGAGGACCGUCAAAAGUUCUCCGAGAUUCUCGAUAGUAUCGGUGUCGACCAGCCUGCCUGGAAGGAACUCACGUCGGUCAAGGCCGCCGAGGAGUUUGCUGAGCAGGUUGGCUACCCUGUUUUGGUUCGCCCAUCUUACGUCCUAUCCGGUGCUGCCAUGACUGUCAUCUCAAGCCAAGAAGAUCUCAAGGAUAAGCUUGAGGCUGCCAGCAACGUCUCUCCUGACCACCCCGUGGUUAUCACCAAGUUUAUUGAGGGAGCUCAGGAAAUCGACGUUGACGGUGUCUCUGCCAACGGAGAGCUUAUCCUGCACGCUGUUUCCGAGCACGUCGAGCAGGCUGGUGUCCACUCUGGUGAUGCCACCCUCGUCCUUCCUCCCGCCAACCUCGACAGCACUACCAUGGAGCGUGUCAAGGAAAUCGCUAAGAAGGUCGCUCAGGCCUGGAAGAUCAGUGGUCCCUUCAACAUGCAGAUCAUCAAGGCCGAGAACCCUGAGGGUGGUGAGCCUCUCCUCAAGGUUAUCGAGUGCAAUCUCCGUGCUUCUCGAUCUUUCCCCUUUGUCAGCAAGGUCCUCGGAACCAACUUCAUCGAUGCUGCUACGAAGGCCCUUGUUGGUAAGAACGUCCCCCCAACCACUGAUCUCAUGGCCGUGAAGCGCGACUACGUUGCGACCAAGGUCCCCCAGUUCUCUUGGACCCGUCUUGCUGGCGCCGAUCCUUUCUUGGGUGUUGAGAUGUCUUCCACUGGUGAGAUUGCUUGCUUCGGUAAGGAUCUCGUUGAGGCCUAUUGGACUUCUCUCCAGUCCACAAUGAACUUCCGCAUGCCCGAGCCUGGCGAGGGUCUUCUCUUCGGUGGUAACGUCUCUAAGCCCUGGUUGACACAGGUUGUCGACUACGUUGCCCCUCUCGGCUACAAGAUGUACGCUGCUAGCCCCGAGGUCAAGGAGUUCAUCGAGGCCAAGUCCAAGACCAAGGUCGAGGUCGAGGUUAUUGAGUUCCCCAAGGAGGACAAGCGAGCUCUCCGAGAGGUCUUCAAGAAGUACGACAUCCGCGGAUGCUUCAACCUUGCUGAGUCACGAGGCAAGACCACACUGGACGUCGACUAUGUUAUGCGCCGAAAUGCCGUCGACUUUGGCGUCCCUCUGUUUAUGGAGCCUCAGACCGCUAUCCUCUUCGCUCAGUGCAUGAGUGAGAAGCUCCCUCGCUCCGAGGGCAUUCCUGCCGAGGUCCGCCGAUGGUCCGAUUUCAUCGGCGGCAAGCCUCUGUAA